AAUAAAAUCGGCGUAAACCGGACGGCUUAUGACGCACCGGUGUGUAUUGGUCAUUGGUGACGCUUCACAUUACGUCUACGUUUGUAUUAGUGUGAUACUUUUUACCUCAUUUUGAUUGGUUUAGCUAGCAUCCGUUCAUAUAUGCUAUUUGCUGAUAUGUAGUCGAGUAUCAGUCAAAAUUGGAGUAUCAGUGGCCUGAAAAUGGGAAAUUUUAAUUUGUUAAUUUAACUUUGAUGUUAGAAACCGCCCAGUAAAGAACUAUGAAAUUCUUGAUUGACAAAGGUUUAUAAACUGUGAAAUCUUGAGUAGAUGAUUUGCAAAUGGAUGGCGAGAAAAGAAAUGCUUACUUGCUCAAACUACAAAUUCAUAAGAACACCAUAGUUGCUCACGCUGGAAUAGGGUCUAUGACCAUCAAACAUCUCGUCGCUGCAGUACCGCAAUGCAUAUCCGAUUUGAAAUAGUUGGAAAUCAUAAACGUUGAAAAUUAGUAAAUAUUGGAUUUUAAAAAUUGUAAAUGCUUGGGCUGUCUACUACUCGCCAUAAUUCACAAGUGAUAGUUUUGACCUUACAAAAUUACUACGUUCGUUUCACAAUGUAAGAUUUCUAUCUUUGCUUACAUUCAUAUAAAUACUAAUGGAUCUAGACGUAUUUACAAACAAUGUGCAUUGACCAAUAGAUUGGAUGUAAGCAUACCUAAAACGUCGAAAAGGAGGGAAUAGUUAUUAAGAGAAUAAUGGUGGGCUUUACAAUUUCAGUUCAGCAAACGUUAUGUGUCAAAAAUAAUCUUAUUACAUUUGCAGGUAAGGAUACUAGCGCUAGAUUUUCUACUACUGCUUUAUCAGGACAAAAACUGAAGUAUUCAGUUGGCAACAGUAUGGUGUUGCCUUCAUCAAAUACCACGGCUACUUCUUCUAUGGCUUACCCUGUUUCUCUUAGCAGCCUCCACCACCACCCCAACAACCACCAUGCUUGUUUUCCUCCCUCAAAACCAAACCAAGACAAUACUCAUAAACCUAUUGAAUCCCCUAGAAUUUCAAGACGAUCUCUCAUCUUCCUCCCUGUCCCUUCUCUUCUCUAUGCUUCAUCCUCCUCUGCCCUUGAUGAUGCAAACAUUCCAUCCACUUCCGCCAUUGAUACCACCAUCACAGAUCGGAUCUUCAUGGACUUCAGUGUCUGUCCUAGCUACUUUCGCUCUGACCGCACUUUAGGAGCUGAGCUUGCUACAUGUCCUGAUUCUGAACCUCUUGGUCGUGUAAUUUUUGGUUUGUAUGGUCGGCUCCUCCCCCUCACUACUACCAACUUCAAAGCUACUUGCACUUCUUCUGCAUACCGGGGAACACUUGUCCACAAGCUCCUCCAGGGCCAGUUCUUCGUUGCUGGCCGACAAGGUCCUCGUCGUGACAAGGGCGAGGUCCAACCUCCCACUGGCCUUGUGAGAAAUGCUGAAACUGUUGACCCUAAAGCAUUUGAACUAAGGCACACAAGACCUGGCACUCUCUCGUUGUGCCUUGGACAGAAUGAUGACGAUGAUGACAUCAAGCUCAAUCCUAAUUAUCACAAUGUUGAAUUCUUGGUUACUACUGGACCAGGGCCCUGCCCAGAGCUUGAUGGACAGAACAUUGUCUUUGGAACUGUAUUGGAAGGAAUGGAUGUUAUAACGAGCAUUGCAACCAUCCCUACCUAUAAACCAGCUGAAAGGAUCCGCUUCUUCAACGAUUUUGCCCAGCUGAUUGGCGAUGAAAGAGCUCAAACUGCUCGAGCUCUGUGGGAUCGCCCGCUAAAAACCGUCUACAUCAGUGACUGUGGAGAGCUGAAAGUGACCAAACCAUCACUUUCCCCUCCUAGUCUGCCAUAGAGGGGCAAUUUUGUGUACCUUCACUGAUUCUUCUCCCAUUCGUCACUGUAUAUAUGCCAUCAUUAACUGUCAUCUUCUGUGUUUCUGGCCCAAAGUGUGCGUACGUCGAGCCUCUGAUUCAUCGAAGUAAAUAUAGUGCUGUGCAAUUCUUCACCUGUGUCAGCUUUCAUCUUGGGCACCCGUUGAAACUGUAAUGCUAAUGAUUAGUUUCACCGAGUAU